AUGCAAACUGAUUUGGCGUCAGUUGUACGAUCAAACGCUGAGUCUCUGUUGGAUACCCCUUCAGCACAGUUUAAGCUUUCAUCGCUUCCCACACUUAUCGAGUUUUUGAACUUCCAACUCAAUGAUAUAAACCUUUACAGCCUAGCAAACAAUGUUGGAAUUUUGAAGAUAUAUUUGCUCUACCCGGAAGCUUCAGACGUCCUGGUGAUUCAGAAGAUUCUUGUUCUAUCUCUUACUCAAGUUCCAGCUCCAGAUUUUACAGUUUGCCUAUCUCAGAUUCCUUUGUAUCUUCAUAACGAAGAGCCAGUUUCAAAGGUUAUUAACCUCCACAAUCUUCUACAGAACUGUAUGUUUCUUAGGUUCUGGGAGACUGCAAAUUCAGAACUUGAAUCCGUGCCAGGCAAGACUGUUUUGGACGUUUCCGGUCUUUCAGACAGUGUUAGGAAGUUUGUUUUGGACGUUUUGCCUCUGGUUUAUAACCAGAUGGCAGUCCCUGAAGUACGAAAGCUGCUCAACUUCACGUCAAACUGUCAAGAGUUUGAGCAACUUCUUUCACUUUGUGGUUGGGCAUUUGACCCUUCAUAUAAAAGAGAAGAUGAGGAUUCCGGCCUAUGUUACUCAACUUCAAGGGAGGACAGCUCUAAAGUCCACAAGUCUAACGCUAAUCAAAACCCUCUGGAGAAGUACCUAAAGUCGGAUCCCAUGAAAUACUACUACAACACUCUUCACAACUGA